UCGCAAAGACAGGAGGAGAUCAGCCACACUGCAGCUGACGAUGUGUUGUAGUGAUGUAAUGUUGCCUGUUUGGUGACUACGGAUGGCUGUUUGUGCCAGGCUCUGCGGAGUGGGUCAGUCGCGGAGGUGCAGGCGGCGACAGCGGCAUAACCAGCAGGAUCCGGGUAGCGAUUCCGACAUGGACGAGGAAGAAGAGGAGCGGAUCGUGGGCCAGAGGCAAGGCGGCGACGUCGGUGGAGGAGGCCCGGAGAGCGCCGUCGCCACUGCAGGGCCGAGUGACGCUUGUGAAUAUGGCAGCGGUCAUGUCAACAGAGGAGGCUGUGCAGAUCGGGCCAGCACGGGACCUCCACACCCGCAAUCGUUAACGGAUUUACCGCCGGAGCUUUUAGUGGAAAUAUUCUCCUUGCUUCCCGGAACAACACUACCAAAUGUUGCCCUCAUCUGCAAGAAAUUCAAACAAAUCCUUAACACUGAAACCAUCUGGAGAAGGCGGUGCAUGGAAGAGUUUGGAAUGAAGGAGGAUCUGAGGAAGAUGGAAGUGGGGGGAGUAUCUAGCCGGGACCUCUAUGUUAAAUGUGUCAACCCACGGGUGAAGUCUGGGCGCUUUAUGAAGCUCCUCCCGGACUACGAGCACAUGGACUAUAGAGACGUGUACACACACUUGCUUCACCCAUACAGACAUAUCUUGGGCUUAUGGCAGCCUGACAUAGGGCCUUAUGGUGGCUUGCUCAACGUUGUGGUGGACGGGCUGUUUAUUAUUGGCUGGAUGUAUUUGCCACCUCAUGACCCCCGCGUGGAGGAUCCCAUGAGAAGAAGGCCACUCUUCCGUAUCCACAUGUGGGAGAGCAACAAGGCCACUGUGGAAUGUAUGUACGGACACAAGGGUCCUCACAAAGGAGACAUACAGACCGUGAAGAAGGAUGAAUUUUCAACCAAAUGUAACCAGACUGAUCAUCACCGCAUGCCAGGGGGCCGACAGGAGGAGUUCAGGACAUGGUUGGAAGAAGAAUGGGGCCGGACACUGGAAGAAAUCUUCCAUGAGCACAUGCAGGAGCUCAUCCUGAUGAAGUUCAUUUAUACCAGUCAAUACGAUAACUGCUUGACAUAUCGGAGGAUCUACUUGCCUCCCGUGAUGCCCUCUGACCUUCUGCAGCCAGGCCUCUUCAAAGGCACCUAUGGCAGUCACGGCCUGGAGAUUGUCAUGUUCAGUUUCCAUGGGACUUCCGCGAGAGCCACCAAGCUCACUGGAGACCCCAAUGUUCCUGCAGGGCAACUCACUCUGGAUGUUGACCUGAACCGGCCUGUGGUUCUCCCAGACUUGGAGCACCAGCGCAACAUAGAGGAGCUGUCCCGGCUGGUACAGGGGGUACACGAUGAAAUACAGAGAGAAGCAGAACAACAGGCCAAGGGUACUUCUGCCACAGUCAAAGGUGUUGCAGAGGGGGCCUGUGGUGGUCCCAGCGCAGCAGAAGGGGUGGAGGCAGACCAUGGUGCCUGUUCAGACAGCUGCCAGCCGGGCCCUAGCCCCACCACUGAUCCUCCGGAAGCCCAGCCCUUCGUCCUGCCUCUGGGGGUUAUGGCUCGCAACGAGGUGUACCCUCGCACCUGCAGGAAAUGCUUCUAUGGAACCGGCCUGAUCGCUGGGCACGGCUUUACAAGUCCAGAGCGCACCCCGGGGCUCUUUGUGCUGUUUGAUGAGGACCGUUUUGGUUUCAUCUGGCUGGAGUUGAAGUCUUUCAGUCUGUACAGUCGCCUGACGGACAACCUAGCCCACGCUCACGCCCCAAACAUGGAGCGAUUUGAGGCCAUGCUGCACAACAUGCAGUCUUGGACAUCCUGAUGCACCAUGCUUUAAGCCUCCUCUCACAAUACAAUGCAUAAUAACAACCAUUAUACACAAAUCACCUCUGUCCUCUGCUGAUGUUACUAUCAUCAUAUCAUGACCUGAAUUCUCUAGGUUCUAUCUGUUUCUGUUUCACAAACAUUGAUCAUUACUGUCUAAUUAAGCUUGUUAUAUCACCACAAGAACUUUGAAAGGCCCCCCUAAGUCACUGUUUAUCACCUCACCCCAGUAUAACCUAAAUCCUCCAGUACAGCAUGAGAGCAGGUCAACUUAAAGGUUUAUUUAUUUAUUUAUUCCCCACAGGAGAAAAGGAAUGCUGUUUCAUACAACUUAUUAUGGCUCAAACUGUACGUGCCUCUGAUUCUAAAACCAUGUCUGUACUUGGUAGUGCUUGAAGAAGAUAAAGGUGUCCAAUGUAUUCUACUAUAUAGUAUUAUACUGAUUUCGGUGCCCAACAUAUUGAAUUGCAUGCUGCAUUUUAUUUAGAUCCAAUCGUGUAACACUCAUCAACAUUAUCUGAUGUUUUAUUUUCAUUAAGCAGCAUGCCUUGCUUUUUGUUAUUUUUUUUGCUUUAGAGACAUAUGAAUUUAAAAAAAAAAAAGACAGCAUCUCAGGUGUUUCUCUUUGCCACAUGUCAGUGAAAAACAGUAUUUAUGUGUAUAUGAAGUUAUCGUUCUAUUAACUUGUCCAAUAGAAAUACUUGGUGAGUUUUACAACUGGGUACUUUUCUAAUGAUUGACGAGAGAGGAUUUGCUGUCUUAUCAACUGUAGCCACAUCAGCCAGCCAGGCAGCCUGAUGUUUUUUGCCCUCUGAACUUAAGACAUAUCUUUUUCAGUAAUAUCCUUUGGCUCAUGGUCUGAUAUCAAACAUACUUUCAAUGUCGCCACACCUGACAUAAUAUUAUGUAAAUUGGAAAGAUGUACUGCAAUAGAAUAACAUAACAUAAGCUGGAUUUAAUCAAAAUAUCAAAAUUAUACAGUUUAUGUGCUUAUGUAAUAGGAUCUGAAAUAGAAACUUCUGUUACCUUUAAAAUGUAUUGCUUUUGUUGUUUGUUUAAAUGGCUUAAGUGACAUUUGCCUGGCUUUAUACCUGCAAAGCUAUUCCCUCCAGUUUAAUUCAAACUUGAGACCAGGUUAGCUGAACAUUAUACAAACUAACAGCUCAAAGUGCAUCUCAAAGUACCAAGAAAGUGUCUCUGUGUCUCAUUAUGGCCUGAUGGUGAUGCCCAGUAGCUUUCCUACUUCAAGUGCACUUUUCUGGGCAGUAUAGUGAAUCAUUCAGAACCACUGGCCAGCCCUUUUAUAUCAAACUGCAGCUUUACUAACAUUUGCAACAAAAAAAAGUGUCAGCUAAAGCAUCAUCAGCUUCAUUUUAUCACAUUGUAUUAACUUUCUCUCAAAUUACACUUGUUUUAUACAUUAUCCUAUCUGUAAGUCCUGUGCACACAGCUUUUUGAAUGAUUUGCCUUUGAAAAGUGUUGCUUUGUACUAUUUUCAAUGCUAUACGCCACACAAUUUUGUGGAAAACAAAACAAAGUUUGACCUAUUGAACUGCUCACAUCAGACUUCAGGGAGCUUUUCAGCUUAAACGCUCUUCUCAGUAAUAAAAAGUACAAAACUGAAAAGAA